CUGAAUAAUUCUAAUUGCAACAACUUUGUUGAAUUAGAGUUUGCCAUAUUUCAUGAGUUUCUUUUUUAUUUUGCACUUCAAUGGAGUCAUGUUUUUCCCCUCAACUUAUGGUGAUUUGUUUAUAUUUCAUGGAAUUCAGGCAAAGCUAAGAGAGGUUCCAUCUUUGGAGGGACAUGUUCUUUUGAAGAAGCAAAGAGAUGCAUUAGAAUAUUUGAAAGGCCGUUUUACAGGAAGAAAUAAAGAGGAUGUGGCAAAUUCUAUCUCUAUGGUGGAAGCUUUAGCCGUUAAGUUGACUCAGAAGAAUGAAGGAGAAUUGAUUCAAGAGAAGUUCAAAGUGAAAAAGCUUUUGAAUUUUCUCAAACAGGCUUCUGAAGAUGCUAAAAAGUUGGUUAAUCAAGAGCAGUCUUUUGCUUGUGCCGAAAUCGAGAAUGCUAGAGCAGUGGUGCUGAGAUUUGGGGAGGCACUUGAAGAAGAAAAAGCUGACAAAUGCUUUGAGAUUCAUCAAAUGCAUAAGGUUGAGAUUGCAUUGGAGCUGACAAAGUCUCUUCAACAAAACAACUUCCAUUAA